AUGGGAAACAACUAUACAUCUCUGUCCACGCACGAUCCGAAUGACUUGCUCGUGGGAAGGGACAAGCAACAAAUGAAAAAAUCGGCUACAUAUCCUGGAAUAACGCUACCUCUCAUUCGACCAGCUAUCCAUUCCGAUUCGAUAACAGCCCUUGCAGUUGUUCGGCCAGGAAUGGUGAUUACGGGAAGCCGAGACAAGAAAGUGGCUUUGAAUAAUGUCGAUACGGGAGAGUGCAUUACCAUGUGGGAGGGCCAUGAUGGAGAGGUAACAAAGCUCGCCUACGAAAACACCGUCGGCAACCAUUUCGUCCUCAGCGGCUCAAGAGACCAAUCCAUAAAGUUAUGGCAAUUCCAUUCGAAGGAAGCUCAAAAAACUUUCCAAGGCCACUCACUCGGAGUAACAGGCCUCGCAAUUUUGAAUGAAAACCGCUUCGUUUCUGGGUCGCGAGACACAACAUUGAAAAUUUGGGACGUCGAGUCUACGAAGAGAAAUGUGCGGAGUGCUCAGGUCAAUAGGAAUUUGGUCACACAUAUCACCUUUAAUCAACCUUGCAACAUAAUUGCUCAAUCUUCAGAAGAUAAAGAAGUAAAGUUGUGGGACCCACAAAACUUGGAGAUGAUCGCACAGCUACCUCGAAAACAUCAUAUACAGAUGCAUUGCGAGUUCAUCGACGAUAAGCUGCUUGCCUCAACAAGUAAUGGAUUCAAUGGCUACGGGUGUGAGAUAUCGAUUUGGGACUUACGAACGCGAAAGUUAUUGAAAGAACUCAAGGGCCAUGAAGGUUCUGUACCCUGCGUCGCAAACCUCACGCAGACAGUCACUUUAAAGAAGCUAAUGAUGAGCGUCUCAAUGGAUAAGUCAAUACGAAUAUGGAAUAUAGAGGAUGGAGUCUGUGUCUGGGAAGAAACCGUUGCCAGCGAUGCGGACCUCUUACAAUGCGUCUCUUUCAACGAUGGACACGUUGUCGUGUCCGGAGGAAAAGGUCUACUGGCUCAUAUUCGUGUCCAAGGAAGAGCGGGAAAACCAUAUUUCCAAAUGCUUUCUGUGCAGAAAAUGAAUUCGUAGAUUUUAGGACAUUUCAUCUAGGCAAUCGGGAUUACUUUGUGAAUAAUUGCUCAGGUCAAGUAGUAAGCUGUUAGGAAAAUAUUGUGACAUUCCCCUAUAGCAAACUCUUGCCACAUAUCGGAAAUCUAUCCUCUCUCCUGCAUGAUCUCAAAAAUUUCAAUAA